CAUUGAAAUACACGAGCCUAUCAACCACUCUUCUAUGUCGAGUGGGAUCAUGUUAUUCCGACUGCAGCACAUGGUAUUCAGAUGCUCUCAUACAUUUCGAGAAGGGAAUGCUGGUGUUGACAAAUUAGUCAAUUUAUGAUUUCUAUCGUCUUCAUUUGUUUGGCAUGCCGCCCCUCCUACAGAUAUUCUUCCUUUUCUGAAUUCCUUUUUUCCAUAUCAAAUUUUUUUUUCUCAUACCGUCAUAAGUUCCAAAAAAAAAAAAAAAAAGAAGAAGAAAGAAGGGAUAUGAGGCCUGAAAUAUGUAAGAAUGUCCAUAGCAUAUUUCCAGUAAGAAAUAAUAAUUUUCUUCUCGAGUGAGUCGCCUCUAUGCCAGGAAAAUAUUUGAGCUCACACAAAUCUUUGAUUCGUAUGCAGUUACGAAGAAAAGCUUUGAUUUCUUGCUAUCUCCUUCAAAAGCUGAGAACUUCCAAGUGUGGAAGCAAAACACUUUCAGGGGACUCAGAUUAUGCUUCUCCCACACCUGAAACAAUUUCCAUUUCCUCAAAAGCUCAGAACUUGCUUCUGCUCAUCAUCUCAAUCUGCUCUUCAUCUUCUCCACACACUCUCACCCAAUCCACUUCCCAAUCCCUCCGCCGACUUAGCUGCUUCCCUACAGGGCCGUAUUUCACACCCUCGUCUCCUUCAAAUCCACGCUCAUGUCUUUCAGCUCGGCGCUCACCAGGACAACCUGAUCGCCACUCGCCUCGUUGGCCAUUACCCGUCUCACCUCGCUCUCCGAGUCUUUCGUCAGCUCCGAAAACCCAACAUUUUCUCUUUCAAUGCAAUCAUCAGGGUCUUGGCUGAAGAGGGUCUCUUCUCCCAUGCAUUUUCACUCUUCAAAUGCUUGAAACAGAUCUCUCUUUUGCCUAAUGACUUCACCUUCUCGUUCCUUCUCAAGGCCUCUUUUCGCACCCAAAACCCUCGUUAUGUCAAACAAAUUCAAACCCAUGCUACGAAAAUGGGGUUUCUUUGCAAUGCAUUUGUUUGCAAUAGCCUGCUUGCGGUGUAUGCUCGAGGACUUAAAGAUUUGGCUUCUGCACGUCUUGUGUUUGAUGAAAUGCCUGAGACGGGUGAUGUUUACUGUUGGACAUCGUUGAUUGCGGGUUAUGCUCAGUCAGGUCAGAGUGAGGAAGUGUUGCGGCUUUUCUUAAUGAUGGUUAAUGAAAAUUUGCGGCCGGAAGAUGAUACAAUGGUUAGCGUCUUGUCAGCGUGUUCGAAUCUUGAGAUGGUUGCAGUUGAGAAAUGGGUUGAGAUCCUGUCCGAUGUUAUCGAUAAUGUUGACACUAAGAAUUCUGGUUGCGACUCUGUCAACACUGUCCUUGUAUAUCUGUAUGGGAAAUGGGGAAAGGUUAAGAAAAGUAGGGAAAGAUUUGAUGAAAUUGGUGAUAAUGGAAAGCGAAGCGUGCUUGCUUGGAAUGCCGUGAUAGGUGCAUAUGUUCAGAAUGGUUGUCCUCUGGAGUCUCUGAGUCUUUUCCGCUUAAUGGUAGAAAAUCCCAGUUAUAGGCCUAACCAUGUUACAAUGGUUAACGUGCUUUCAGCUUGCGCUCAAAUUGGCGAUUUAGACCUUGGUUCAUGGGUUCACCAAUACCUGAACUCUGAAGGAAGCAAGGGUGUCAUUCGGUCAAACAGAAUUCUAGCCACAGCAUUGAUCGACAUGUAUUCAAAAUGCGGGAGUUUGGAGAGGGCAAAAGAAGUUUUUGAUCAGAUGCAUACAAAAGAUAUUGUUUCAUUCAAUGCCAUGAUCAUGGGUCUUGCGGUUAACAGUGAAGGAGAGGAGGCUUUGAGGCUGUUCUCUAAAAUCCAAGAGUUUGGUUUGCAACCCAAUGCGGGUACAUUCCUCGGUGCUUUAUGUGCAUGUAGCCACUCUGGUUUAUCGGAGAAAGGACGUCAAAUAUUUAACGAUAUGACCUCAAGAUUUUCUGUUUAUCCGAAAUUAGAACAUUAUGCUUGCUACAUUGAUCUCCUUGCAAGGGUAGGCCUAGUUGAAGAAGCUUUGGAUGUUGUAAAUUCCAUGCCCUUUGAGCCUAAUGGUCUUGUGUGGGGUGCUCUGCUCGGCGGCUGCCUACUCCACUCUAGAGUAGAUUUGGCUCAAUAUGUUUCCCAUAGACUGGCUCAAGUGGAUCCUGAGAAUUCUGGAGGCUUUGUGAUGCUAGCUAAUACGUUGGCAUCUGAUCAUCGAUGGGGCGAUGUCUCUGGGUUGCGGCAGUUUAUGAGGGAGAAGGGGGUGGCCAAGCAGCCCGGCUGUAGUUGGAUCAGCAUCAAUCGUGUUGUGCAAGAAUUUGUUGUCGGGUGCCCUUCACAUCCUCAAGUUGAGAUCAUAUAUAAUACUCUAGAUGGAUUGGUGAAGCAAAUGAAGAUAGCAAGUUUUUAGGGAGUUCACAAGCACCCAAGGAAAAUAAGAUUUCUGCGUCGAAUAAACUCGUGCAAUAGAUUUGUAACUUAAGUGAUUAAGAGUAUUUAUGCUUACUACGCGGUUAUGUACUUGAUCCUUCCUCCCUCAACAUCAUUUAUUAAAAAAGGGAAAAAUAAUGAUCAAUGUGCCUCCUCUUCUGUAUCAUCUUGGUGUGUGUAUUCUACCUUGGUACACCACUACAUUGCAAUCCAACAAGCAGUCUCACAGAGUUGAAAGA